AUGGCAGAGUGGGCCCAGUCUAUUUUCCCAGCGCUCUGGAAGCCGUUUCUGGGUGACUUUGGUCCAAUGUCCAAUGUCACACUAGCCAUGACGGUGCUGCUCAUUGCCUUGGAAAUAAUGUCGCCCAGUGCAUUCGGCCGGGGCGUUUCGUGGCGCGAGCACGUUGCCCAUGCGAGGCGUCUUCUUGCCAAACGUUUGGAGCAAGCUCCCCAAGACGCGUCGGUGGAGGGACUAUGGUUCAUCCAGAGUUGGCUGGGCUACGUAGACAUCAUGGGCGGUCUUGUGACACGGCCCGGGCUGGGCUUGAGUUGCCAGUCACAGGUCUACUUCCCAUUGUCUGAGCCGCAUGAAUAUGGCAAAGACUUGGACGAGAUUGAUUGCAUGAUGGGCAUAUCGGUCCGAUGCGCUCGGCUGCUCAGCCAAGUGGCAGAGUUGGCGCAGCAAUGUCAAGGCGAACGGUUCGGAGUGGACGGCCAAAUGUUACGGGGCUGGUAUCCUCGGCCUGCCAUGGUGAGACAAGCACGAUUGCUGGAAGACAACCUGAUGGAGAGUCUGAGGCGCUCCUCCAGGCCUUGUCCUCAUGUGAGGGCAGGCAGUAUUCGCAUGAAGGACCUGGCGGAAAUGGCUGGUGUGAACGAGGCCUUCCACUGGGCUGGCUUGAUACACCUGCAUCGCAGAGUCCUCGGAAAGCCGACGAACCACGCAGACGUGCAGGGAAAUGUGCGCAAGAUUAUGCAAUGCCUAGAGCAGAUUGGGACUGAGGGAGUGGCCAAGACGCGCUAUCUUUUCCCCAUAUUCACGGCCGGCUGCGAGGCACUCACGGAGCGUCAGCGGGCGAGACUUUUGAGCCGUUUAGCCAGCGCAGAGAAGAUUGGCAUGAAACAGGUACGUGAGCUGUCUGGUUUCGGGUCCCUCUCCCUUGGUGUCCGUUUAGGAGCGUCGAAGAAGUCGUUGACCAAGGACGGGGGCGGUGGCUGUAGGUACACUCAACUCGACUGCUGCUUCAGCAGGUCUGGGCAACCGGCAAGACAUGGGAGGAGCUCAUUUGCAACGAGUUUGUGGCGUGAAGUUGUCUUUAUAUGCAUGCUUUCUUGGCACGACGGUUACAUCAUAUACAUACACACAUGA